CCCUCCUGGCAUCAUACUAGAGUGUGCCAUGCCCACGGUUUUCAACAGAAACGCAACGAUCUGCUAAUAAAUGGAACUGCUAGUUGCUAGCGAGGCCAUCAAUACGCAUUUUGUUUUCUGUUUAUUUAACUAGCGGCUGUGUUUUCAUGCGAUAACUGCGCCAAAAAUGAUGCGAGAUUCAAUCGAAUGCUGCACUGCUAGCUAGUCAGCCAAAUCUGACUGGGGAAUGGUCAUUUCUCAGUUUGCCAGCAUCACAGCUCUGACACAUCACGAAGCCGUUCAGCUAGCGAGACAUAACGCUGGAACCUAGCUAGCGUUUAGUUGGAUAGAAAAAGAGGACGAGCAUUUGCUGGGAAGUGGUGACUGUGCCAUUUCAAGACUGGCCAUAUGGAUGCGUUGCCUUUGUGUGCAUUUUACUGACAAUUGUGGCUUGGCUCUAGCUAGGGGGCGGGGGGCGCUGAGAAGGCGGACAGUUGGCUACGUUAGCUAACUAGCUUGUUGGAUGUCGCGACAGUGCAGUUAGCCCCGCUCGUUGUGUCAGGCCGAGGACCAGGGGACGCACGAACCCAAGUCAGUGAACACAGGGUAUCGCAAUCGAGGCAGGUAAUAGGGAUAGUUAGCUAGCCAGGUAGCUAGCUAGUUGUCCAACUAGCUAGCUAACGUGAGAAAUUUAAACAAGGCUUGAGGCGCGCAUCAACGGAGAGAGGCCCUCAACACACCCCCUCGCACCGACACUGCCCCCUCUUCGCCGAUCCUCCCGUGAUUUGCUGAGAUCUGUACACGGGUGAAGUCGGGCAGUUCUCGGUUGGGGACAACUUGACAGCGAGGCCCCUAGCUCCCCUCCCCCAUUCCCAUCCAAGACCCCCCAGUCCACCUCCUCGCCAGACAUUAGAAGCGAGGAUCGUGAUAUUAGAUACCUAGCUAAAGUUAACCCAACCAGCUAGUCCAUUCUAACCAGCGGGCUGCCAAAACCAGGAGGGAUGACUUUGGAGUCGAUGAUGGCUUGCUGCCUGAGCGAAGAGGCGAAGGAAUCGAAACGAAUCAAUGCGGAGAUAGACAAACAACUCCGGCGAGACAAGCGGGACUCGAGGAGAGAACUGAAAUUGCUCCUUCUCGGUACAGGAGAGAGUGGGAAGAGUACAUUCAUCAAGCAGAUGAGGAUCAUCCACGGGGCGGGCUACACAGAGGAGGACAAGAGGGGUUUCAUCAGGCUGGUGUACCAGAACAUCUUCACCUCCAUGCAGUCUAUGAUCAAAGCCACAGAGAACCUCAAGAUCCCCUUCAAAUACGAACAGAACCGGUCGAAUGCCAUGUUAGUGAAGGAGGUGGACAUAGAGAAGAUCUGUGGCUUCGACCAGCCCUACAUCAGCGCCAUCAAGACCCUGUGGGCCGACCCUGGGAUACAGGAGGCCUACGACAGACGCAGGGAAUACCAGCUAUCAGACUCCACUAAAUACUAUCUAACUGAUCUGGACCGUAUCUCAGACAACAACUAUCUGCCCACACAGCAAGAUGUUCUGAGGGUGCGAAUCCCCACCACCGGCAUCAUAGAGUACCCCUUCGACUUGUCAAGCAUCAUUUUCAGGAUGGUGGAUGUAGGGGGUCAAAGGUCAGAGAGGAGGAAGUGGAUCCACUGUUUUGAGAACGUCACUUCCAUCAUGUUCCUGGUAGCCCUCAGCGAGUACGACCAAGUCCUGGUGGAGUCUGACAACGAGAACCGUAUGGAGGAGAGUAAGGCGUUGUUCAGGACCAUCAUCACCUACCCCUGGUUCCAGAACUCCUCAGUCAUCCUGUUCCUCAACAAGAAGGAUCUGCUGGAGGAGAAGAUCUCAUACUCCCACCUGGUCGACUACUUCCCUGAGUUCGAUGGUCCCCAGCGAGAUGCCCAGGCAGGCCGGGAGUUUAUCCUGAAGAUGUUUGUGGACCUGAACCCGGAUAGCGACAAGAUCAUCUACUCCCACUUCACCUGCGCCACGGACACCGAGAACAUCCGCUUCGUCUUCGCUGCCGUCAAAGACACCAUCCUGCAGCUCAACCUCAAAGAAUACAACCUGGUCUGAGAGACUCUUGCACGCACACACUCUUCCCAGUUGCACAGCUUAGCCUACACACACACACACACACACACACUUAUGAAGCUUACACACACCUACACAUCUAGUUGAUCUUUCCCCCUCCUGCUUUUCACUCCAGCGAUUUAAGACCCCCAUCUUCCAAUAUCUCUCCUCCUAUUCACUCUCUCAUUCCUUCCCUCUUUCUACCCUUUUGCCAUCAACUGUGGGUCUUUAACCCUUGAACCCUCAGUCAACUGACCUGAGAUCACAUCCUCUGAUUGGUGGAAGGAGUGACCCAACCGCAAGGCAAAAAACACCUGAGGGGGUGACGUUUUUCACUCUAUAAGGGAGGGGCUAAAGACUGGGAGGGGGGUGGAGACGAUGAGGUAAUAAAGGAAGCCACCAGGACGCGAGCAGGAAGUGAUGUCACACAGAAGUGAGGGGGCAGACCAAGGAUUCUGUUUCUACCUCGCAUCGAUGAAUGUAUUCUCCGAGUGAGCAUCGCAAACGCAAAAAAAUAUAAUUAAAUAUGUUAUAAAGUAAUUACGUAUGUAGACAAAAUACACUAAGACUGAAAGCACCAGAGGGAGAGGAAAAAGCAAAUCGAUUAAAUCUGUGUAUCGCUGAGCUUUUUUACAAAUAGUUUUUAAUAAUAGUAACUUGUUGCUAUGUCAACUUCUAUCCGACGACUAAGAAGUCGUUUGAAAAGUUAUAGAAGCGGUUAACACAACAAAAUCUUGUAUUUAAAAAAUUAGCAAAAUAGGCAAAAUAUCACAAAAGCAAGAUGGUAACCAGAAACGGACUAUAAUUUUAUCCUUUACAGACGGUUGUGGUUGUUCAUGUUUAGGUUUGAUCACAUCGCUUCCCUCCUUCACUGGUUUACUGACUGAUAGACCGAAACCUUCCGUUUGACAUCCGCAGUACCACGUUCUGUUUGAUACACGCUACAUUAAGAUUACCGAACAUCCGAUACUCGCUACUAUGUUCUGAUUGGACAGUCGCUGAGGGGGAGGGAGUCAUGUAUGGAUAUGAUGUCAUCACCGUACGGUACAUCAGUCUGUGAAAGAAUGGCAUCACGUGUUAAGUCGCCCAGCGACCUAAUUAGAUGUGCUCUGGGGAUUCUGGGCAGUCCAUCCACACAAAUGACACGGUGGCAUCCAUUAUCCCAGACACACAGGAAGCUUUAUGUUGUUUACCUUUUUUUUACUGUAUAGACACUUUUGUUUGUUGAUGAGAGGUGGUUGUUGAUUGGUGGGAGCAGGAGACGUAAGCUCCUGUCUCCCAGAUGGACAGGCAAGCAUACUCUGAAGUCAAAAAGUUAUUGUUUGUGUAUAUUUCUGUUUGUAAAUACAUGUACACAGAAACGCUCCUGUACAAAAACACUCUGUGGUACAGUACACCAUCUUUGGCAACAAAAAAAAUAGAGAAGAAAAUCCAAACAUUUUUUCGAUAGUGUACUGUUUUUGUUUUCCUAUGAAUUUACUAGUAUUUAUACUGUGAUUCUGGAUUUCUUUGAUUAUUGAUAAUCAGUUGAUUAUAAGAGGACUACACACACAGAGGGCUGCAGUGAGAGGAAAGUAACAGUCUCAGAACAGAGGUUCUAAACCAUCAGGAACCUUCUAUUCUAGAACCUUCAGAACAUUCUAGAUCCUCGGCUCUCCUCUGCAGCUUCUCCCUACUAACACUAGAGCAGAUUAGUUAUUCACAAUAUGUUGACAAACGACAUGAUAUUAAAAGAGUAACUAAAUAAAUAUUUUUUUUUUUAAUUUAUCUAAUAAUUUAUGGAACCAGGUUUGAAGGUGUUGAUAAUUUGACUGCUUUUGUUUCUAUCAUGUUGAAAUGGGGUCGGGGCUAGACUUGAGUCUAAACUGCUGUAACAAAACAAACGUCUACUAUAGUAUGUACUAAAUCUCUGCUUUCUUUUUUUCUCUUAAGACAAUUCCAGAUGUACUUUGCCAUUCUAUCUAUAUCCAUGUUAAAUUCUAUGGUUUUCUUCUCACAUUAAGUCACUUUGUUUCGUUUCAUUGAUGAAAACUUGUAUUUCUCCUCUUGGGUUUCUAAUAGGCACAGCUCUGUAACUGCAUACAUAGGAAAUGUACCAUAUGAACGUAGGUGAAUUUUUAUAACCUGUGAUUGGAGACCAGUAUGGUCUAUGCUUGCUCUGUCGUUGUAAUUUAAACACAGUUUGCGUUGUCGUUGGUUUGAGUUGUUUUAGUUCAAGUUCCGAGGCUUGCUUUGAUAGAACCAGUGACGUUGCAGAUCUACUUUUGAAACUCUUUCUACAGGCAACUUUUUCUUCAUUAUUCUCAUUAAGGGCUAUCGCCAUGCAUCAGACAGUCAGGCAGAUGGGGGAGAUAACUAGUACAGGACAGGGCUCAAUUCAGUUUUCAAUUCAUGAGGUGACUGGAAAUUCAAUGAGUGAAUUCAAAAAUCCUAGAAAACGAUGGGCAGUAGAGGACAAGGCGACACGGUUGCGUUCUGUCCUCAAGGGCUGCAGUCUUGCUGUUUUUUUUCUGUUGCCUUCUAACCAAAAACGGAUUUCUACCUGUGAGAUCAGGUGUUUGCAGUCUCCAGCCGUUUGGUAACAUUCAUUGAUCAAGUAAAUGCCGGGGAGAAAUGAAAACCAGCAGGAAUGCAGACUUCGAAGCACUGGGUUGUGCACCCCUGGUUUUAGGUUCACAGUCAACUAAGCCAUUCACUCAAGAGUGUUUGUGGGGAUCAUUUUGUUCAACAAAGACCGUGUGUGAAUGCAGCUGUGGUAGGAUACAUGACCAACACUACCAUUCAUUUUUUUACUUUAUCUUUCUCUGGAUCAACAGUGGAUCACACAAGCUUCCAGCUCCGAAUGAGGGAAUCUGUCAAGCCCCAAGUUCCCUACUUCACUGUUUGAUGUGUUGUCAUCGGGUGUGAUCGUGGAUCAGCUUACCCUCCCUCAAUGCUAACCUUAAAGGCCCAGUGCAGUCAAAUGUGAUUUUCCUGUGUUUUGUAUAGAUUUCCACACUGAGGUUGGAAUAAUACUGUGAAAAUAGUGAUAAUGCUAUUUUAGUGUAAGAGCUGUUUGAAAAGACUACCUGAAAUUUCUGCAUGUUUUGGUGGGUUUGAGUUUUGGUUUGUCUGUUUGAUAUCACCAUGCGGUGAAUUAGUUAAUAAACCAAUAAAUAGAACGUUUCUAACCUCUCUGCCAAUAACAGUUAGUUUUCAGUUUUCCCCUCGCCACUCAGACCACCACUUCCAGACAGUCCUAGCAAAAUUCAUCCUUGAGAAAUUACUCUUGCUAAGAAGCUAUUUUAGUUUCUUUUUUUGACAAUUUUGAGUGAAUACAAUCGCAUUAAGGUACUUAAUUGUUACCCAGAAAUUACUUGACUUUGAGGUAAAAACGUCUGCAUUGGGCCUUUUAUCCAUUUAAGGGGUGACGCAAAACUGACCUUAGAUCAGUGUUAAGGGGAACUUUCCUUCUACUGUCCUACUGCUAGUUUUACCAUCCGGGGGUGUGCUUUGUGCUUGUUGAGGAGAUUUUGCACAUUGUCAUUAGACACUCCUACAGUAGAGGCAGGGUGUUAAACCAGGUGUUCAAGUUAAAGCAUAGCUGCGCAACACACAGCUCUAGCACACCUGUGCAGGCUUUUGUUCCAUACCAGCACUAACACCCCAGUCAACUGAUUGAGAACUAAUCAUGGUCUUGGAUUUAGACCGCAGCUAGUUGAACCAAGUGUGUUAGUGUUGUACUGGAACUAAAGCCUGCACACUGCAGCCAGUAUUAGAGGAUGUUAUCCAAGUAUGACAUUCAGUAUUUCAUUCGGUGUUGACCUGCCCACAAACAAUGUGUUGAAUACAACUCGCAUACCAAACAGACAAGCACUUGGGCUCCUGUACUGCCUCCACACUGCAGGGUGAAAACAGUCCUAACUACAAUCAUCUGACUUGGUGAUUAAUCAGUCAUAUUUAUAGGAAACACUACUAAUCUCUUGUUUUCCACUUCCUGUGGGUUAAUUGGUUGGCACUCCUGAAGUGUCUUGCACAUUAGGGCCCAGAUUGUUCCUACGCUGUAACUAGGACCCAGAGUUUUACCUGGUCAGAUUAACAUGGACAUGGUGCAUAUUGAGAACUUAGCUUGACUUCUUUCCUUUAAAUAUUUUUUGUAAGAUAAAAAAAACAUUACCGGAACACUAUUGUAUUUAGGACCACUUGAUUUAUUUUUUAAUCUAAGGAAACCUGAGGGUUAAAUGUUUUAGUUGGUGUAUAAAAUAUACAAUGCUGUUUUUGUUUUUCUUUAUUUUGUAUGUAAACCAAAUGUAAAUGAUGUAUUAUACUGUGUGCCAACCCAACUCUCUCUAGAGCCAGGCUCUCUCAAGUGCCAACGCUGACAUCAUCAUCAGGGGACAGCCAUCUUGGAUGGUCCCAUUUUUAAGAACACCAGAGACCUAAACACGUGGCAUGUUCGACUACGCCACCCCUAACAAAAACUAUAAGUACACUUUUUUAUUUUUUAUUGUGUAAUUAUAUAAUUGCAUGUAUUUAGUGUUGGGAGGAGGUGAGGGCUCAGAAAAAUGUAUUGGCUGAUGCAGAGACCUUGAUGAAAGGGUGGAAUCGGUUAUUGAUUGAUCGGUUGGUUAUUAUGGAUUAUUGAUUUGCAUUACUCUCGCCAUAUUUCUUUUUUUUUUGUUAUGUGUGUUUUCAUGCAUUUGUUUCAACCACUGUUGCCUGAUCCUCAUUCAAACAUGAACAUCGCCUUCUAAGAGAGAACAUAAUGACAAGGUAUCUGUUUUAAAUUGAAAUAAAUUUGUUCGUAUACUU